AUGUCUAAAUUCAAUACAACAUCAAAUUUGGUUGGAAAUUGUACAACAAGUGAUUAUGUACUAGAUGUUAUCGAUGAUUGUUGUAUGGAGUUUUUAAAAUCACUGGUAAAAAUCGACGAACAGCAUGAUAGCUUUGUUGUAUUAUCUAAUCCAUAUGAAAUUAAUAAAAGACAGUCAAAAGAGUUGAAAUUAACAAUAAAAAGUUGUCGAUCUGUUGCCCAAAUGUUACGAGCAGUUGCAAUGAUAUAUCAGUUACGAGUGUCUGGAUGUCGAAAAACGAAACGCGACCUUUUUUAUGAGCAAAAACUUUUGUUCGGAGAGCAAAGAAAUUUUAAUAAUUCCAUCCAGCGAAUUCAUGAUUGGCUUGGAGUAGAUGCAAGCGCAGGAUACGUUAUGGCAUCUGGUCAUGGACUUGUUAUCGGUCCAUUGAAAAUCCAUAAAGAUACGGGAAUAGUAGAUUGUUCAUUGCAAUCUACGAUCAUUGAAGAUUUUUCCGGUGUGAAUAUAACUACUACUGCACAGUGCAUUUUGGUGGUAGAAAAAGACGCGACGUUUCAAAAGCUUAUCAAUGAAGAAUUUCUCGAGCUCUUCCCUCAUGCUAUUCUUGUUACGGGCAAAGGUUAUCCAGAUAUUGCCACUCGAAUACUGUUAAGCAAGCUUGGUCAUCUAGAAGUUUUUGGAUUGUUGGAUUGUGAUCCACAUGCACCUACGUUGUUUUUUUCAUGCAUUGAAAUCGCUAUGACAUAUAAAUACGGCAGUCAAAACAAAAUACAUGACUCUAAAAAUCUUAAAUUACCUGGUUUUGAGUGGAUCGGUUUGUCACGAAACAAAUUACCGAAAUUUGUCAUCAACAUUGCACAGUUUCUCCCUCUCCAACAACGUGAAUGGGCAAAAUUAAGCAAAUUAUGGAGCAGAAUUGCCGUUGUAAAAAAUGAAGCACUUUUAGAAGAAGUAGAAUUAAUGUACAAAUACGGGAAUAAGUUAGAAUUAGAAGCUGUAAGUGGAAUCACACCGAGGUCUAUGUGUCAAUAUUUGCUUAGAACUAAGAUAUCUAAAUAUGCAACAGCUGAAAAGCAAUUAACUUGA